CACACACACACACACACAAAAGGUCAUUAGAAAUCAUAUAGUACCCCACUGAUCACAAAUUUCAUAGGAAAUGCGCUCUUGUGUUUAAUGUAAUGCACCUUAUAAUAUCUGUGAGGUGGACAUUCAGUCUUUACUGCUAAGCUUCUUAUAAUACUAACAGCUCAUUUCUGUAGCAGUGUGACGUCUAUAGAGAACUUUCAUUAUAACAGUUCUUUGAAAUUGGUAGUGUAAAUACUAUCAUCUCCAUUUUAUAGUUGAGGAAAUAGAGUGAAUGAGAUUAAUUGAUUUGCACAAGGAGAUGUAGCUAGUCAAUGCAUAUUACACACAGUCUCUCUUCAGAUUCAGGCCUCCUGUUUCCAAGAUCAGUGUACUUUCUACUAAAACAGUGUCCUUACCUCCACUUUUUCACUCUCUGGCUUCUAUCCAUUCUCACUCUAUUUGGGAUUCACUGUUGUUCAUUCUUCAGGCUUCAUCCUUCAUGACUAACAUUCUCUCCUUCUUGAUACUCCUCUCUUGAUACAGCAGAGAACGGCCUGGUUCUCUUCCUGUCUCCUACUGGUAUUUUACUAUUGGUAUUCCUUAUCCUCAUUUGUCAGGUUUGAUUCAUUAUCUUGCAUUACCCUCUUUGUAAGAUUUUUUUUUUUUUUGUGAGGAAAGCUGUUUGUAACCCUUUCAAGUGCUACAGAAAUGUGUUGUUAUUUGUAUAUUAGAGCAGAAUGAGAAAUGUACUUUCUCCUAUGCAGGUUUACUGGCUAUGGUAUUUUUUUCUAAAUUUUUACAAAUAUUAAUUUUAUUUUGAGGCUACUGGAUUUGUCUUUCAAAUUCUUAUCUUCUAAGCUCCAUAAACCAAAGAAUGGAUACUAUUUAAAUUAAUUCAUAUAACAUGGAGAAGAAAGUUAUUAAAAGAGGGUGGUAGUGAUAUCCCAGCUGCAUAACAAAUUAUUGCUAAAUAAUGUCUAUCUCACAUUGAAGGACCAGUAGUCAUGGAGUGCUCUUUAAUGAUGCCAUGUGGGGAUGAAUUGCUAUGCCUGUUUGUAAUUCUUGAUAAAUUUUCUGGCAACUAAUUUGUGAUGUUUAUUUCCUUUGAGACUCUGAAAUGUCAUAUGCCUGAUAAUUCUCUAUUUUCAUAAGUGACUUGAUGCUGUUUGGGAGCACUGAUAGCCCUAAAAUUAUAUAAAAGAGAAUAAUUUCUUGUAAGAAAGGGAAUUUCUGGGUUCAUUAUAUUAAUAUUUGGUUCAGACUCAGAAGGAUUUACUGUACUUGGGGAUUGUGUGUGGCUACUUGUGACAGAUAAACAGAGUGAACACCUGUUGCAAAGCAAAGAAGGCCCCAAAUGUCAUAAUCAGCAGGAUCCAUCCUUCUCCUUGUUUCCCUUCCCUCCACUCUACAACUCCCAGUGACUCAGCAGGCACCCUUAGCAUUCAGAAAACCUAAGUCAUAGUUUGCUCAUUUAUCUGUUAACUCUAAAGCCUGAUGGUCCUUUAAGCAUCUCCACAAACAUUCAACAGCUGCUGUCUCCACCCUGUCUGACCUGGAGCAGAUGCCCCACCCUGGCAUGUACAAGGCUGAUAGUUUUCAGGUUUUUAUGAAUAAACAUCUCUUAGUACUGAGAAAUACCUGUAAUUCACCAUACAUGAAUUACAAAUGAGAAAUAAUAAUAAUAGUGGAUAUAGGCAUAGAGCUUUAUGGCUUACCAAGCACUUUAUAUACAUGAUCACAUUUUAUCUUCACAAUACCCUGUGGCGUAGUACGAGCAUCAUUCCCUCCAUUUUACAGAUGAGGACACUGAAGCUCAGAAGUGAAGGGAAUUACUCCAGGUCUCACAGCUAGCCAAUGCAGAUCCUUCCGUGAUAAACUGCUUGCAUAACCUAUCACGUAGAAUUGCCAUCGUGUUGCAGCAUGAAGAGAGACGCUGCCAGUACCUGACCAGGGAGGCUAAGCUGAUCUUAGCCAUUCAGGAUGAAGUGUCUGCCAUGUCUGACAGUCCACAGUCUCCAUUUCAUCACAUUCUUCCCAAGUGUAAGUUGGCCAGAGAUCUCAAAGAAGCUUAUGACAGCCUCUGUACCACUGGUGUGGUACGAUUACAUAUCAAUAAUUGGCUGGAAGUGAGUUUCUGCCUGCCUCAUAAAAUCCAUUAUGUCGCAACAAAUUUUAUACCUCCUGAAGCCAUAGAAAAGAGCCUGAAAGCUAUCCGACCUUACCAUGCCUUACUGCUGCUCAAUGAUGAGAAGUCCCUACUCAAUGAACUCCCAUUAGACUGUUCCCCUGCCCUCGUGAGAGUGAUUAAGACCACCUCUGCUGUGAAGAAUCUGCAGCAGCUCGCUCAGGAUGCUGAUUUGGCACUGCUGCAGGUUUUCCAGCUUGCUGCUCACUUGGUAUACUGGGGCAAGGCCAUCAUCAUCUACCCAUUGUGUGAGAACAACGUCUACAUGCUGUCUCCUAAUGCCAGUGUGUGCCUAUAUUCUCCACUAGCUGAUCAGUUUUCUCGGCAGUUCCCUGCUCACGAUUUGCCAUCUGUUCUUGCCAAAUUUUCUUUGCCAGUUUCCUUAUCAGAAUUCAAGAGUCCUCUUGCUCCACCAGUGCAGGAGACACAACUCAUCCAGAUGGUGAUCUGGAUGCUUCAGCAUAGACUUCUGAUCCAACUGCACACAUAUGUUUGCCUGAUGGUGCCCCCCAGUGAAGAAGAGAGUCGAACACGAGAGGAAGAUGUUCCCUUCACCGCCCGCGUUGGAGGCCGGAGCCUCAGCACGCCCAAUGCCCUGAGCUUUGGCUCACCAACCAGCAGUGACGACAUGACCCUCACAAGUCCCAGCAUGGAGAACUCCAGCGCUGAGCUGCUACCCAGUGGAGACUCACCACUGAAUAAAAGGAUGACUGAGAAUCUCUUGGCCAGUUUGUCAGAGCAUGAGCGGGAAGCCAUCCUCAGUGUCCCUGCUGCUCAGAAUCCUGAAGAUCUCCGCAUGUUUGCCAGGCUACUGCAUUAUUUCCGGGGACGACAUCACCUGGAGGAGAUCAUGUACAAUGAAAACAUGCGACGAUCCCAACUUCUGAUGCUCUUUGACAAGUUCCGAAGUGUAUUGGUGGUCACCAACCAUGAGGACCCUGUUAUCUCAGUUUUCCAAUCUCUUCUAAAAUGAGUGGGAAGUUUGCCCCCUGUUCAGAGAAUCACUCACCCUGGAGAAUUCAGGCCACCACAGAUCGGAGGGGAUGGGAGGUACCCCACAAACAGGUGGCCAUUGUGGAACCAUGAUUGGUUUUCCCUCAGACUCUAAGUUGGCCUUUCCUGUUAAUCCUUUUUUCAAGAAGCAGCAAUGACUAUCUGGGCUCCUAAGGAAUACACUAUUAGGGGGAAUCUAAAGAUCUGCUUACUUAGACUUUGAAUUCUGGAUGUAGGUGAAAGGAAGAUGUAUUUGGGGGUUCAUUUAAGCUUGAGGAAAAUGCCCUGUAAUAACAUGACUUUAGUUCCUGUGCUGGCUUUCUAAUCUAGAAUCAAUUACAGACUCUGGCUCAGCUUGAGCCUGCUGCUAGACUUGGCAUGGAGAGUCACUCUAGUCAAAAGCCCUUCUUUUUAAUCAGCUAUUCCUGGACCUUUGCCCAUCCUAGCUACUUGUUAGUUAUCAAUCUGGGGUCAGUGAGGUGGGAGAAGCUGAGAGAUCUUCCUUUUUUCCUGCUUGAGUAGCCUCUGAUUUUUGUCAGGUUCUCUUAAAGGCUAAUCUUCCCAACUCAACCAUGAUUUAGACUCAGAGCUAAGGGACCACUGAGAAUGUGGUAGGAAAAUAGAAGAGCCCAGGAGGCAGCUUUUUAGCUGCUCUAUCAUGCCUUUCUCUUACUCCUUAUAAUUAUCAUUCAGCUUCUCCAAGAAGCUCACCCUUAAAGGGGGAUACAGCCCCUUGAUCCAGUUCUUCCUUCCCCCCCACCCUUAUUCUCAUAAAAAAAAAAAUUAUAGAAAACAGACUCUUUCCCUGCAGAGUGGCCUGAAUGCCUUGACGAGAGGUUGCAGCUGGACAGAAGAUUAGUAAGCAGCAACACUAAAGCAAUGGGAAAACUACCACAAGCCACUAAUGAGAGGACAAAAACUUCCUCGGCUACUUCUCUUCCUGAUCUCUCCUCUUCUACCUCUUCCCUUUAUGUUCAUGGAAACACAACAGUGAGCCACAGGUAACACAGGAGGGAAAUCGAGACCAAAGCUCUUUUCUCAUUUUUUUGGUAAAGAAACUGUCUUCAGUAUGAAUGUUCUGUUAAGAGGCAAAUUGAUAACUAGGAAAGAAACUAAGACUCUGAACGUCAGGCCACAGCAGUCUUGGGUGUAUGGGACAGGUGACAUAAGGCUUUUAUAGCCUUGUAACUCUCUAUGCCCAAAUCUGGGACAUGCUUCUCUGUAUUAAAAGACUGAGCAGAGAGACAGAGUCCGAACAUUAGAGACUGGCAUCUUGGCUGUGAUGUAUGUGUGACCUGAAGACACUAAUCUCUAUUUCUCUCCAUGUUUUAUUUUCCUCAGCUGUAAAAGGAGGAGGACUAAAGGGUGGUCAGAAGGAUAAGGUUUCAUCUAGUGCAAAAGGUCUGGUUCUGAAACCCCACACUAACAUUACAGUGGUGCAGACAGAAAUCCUCCCUUUACA